UGGGAGUGUUUGGGCCAUACCUCCAGCUGCCAGAAUGAAACACGCCCAGAGUUUCAAUAUAUGUGACAAAAACAAGAAGGGAUAUUUGCUAGGGGUGGAAGCUCGGGCCAUUCUAAUGCAGUCUGGACUACCCCAACCUGUCUUAGCUCAGAUAUGGUCAUUGUCAGACAUCGACAGAGAUGGCAAGCUAACUUGUGAUGAGUUUUGUAUUGCCAUGCAUCUAACGGAGCUGGCUCGGAUGGGGCAAGUACUCCCGCCUGCUCUACCUCCUGAACUGAUGCCUAUGAGAUCAGCACCGGGAAGCAUUAUCUCAAAUCCGCUGUCUGCUGUUGUACCAGGUGUUCAAAAAGAUGCCUUUGGUGAUCUGUUGGGCAGUGUGGGUAUGCCCCUGCCAGUUGCUGCAGUACCACCAUCUCAGCCUGUUGUUGAAGAUGAUGAUCAAGUGUCAUUUGAGGACAAACGGAAAGAAAAUUUUGACAAAGGACAGGCAGAAUUAGAAAGGCGAAGAGCAAUUCUUAGAGAACAGCAGCAGAAAGAAGAAAAUGAGAGGCUGGAGAAAGAGAGGCAGGAAGCUGAAAAACGAGAACGGCAAAG